UUCACACACGGCACGGAGUGGAGCCAGCACUGACGCGCAAUAUCACCAAACCACACACACACACACACACACAUACACACACACAGUCACACAUGCACAGGGAAAAAACGGAGGACGGAGGCUCCAGCUGUAGCAUGUCCACCAGCUGCAGUCAGACAUGUAGGAGGAGGAGGAGGUGCUCUGCUCGCUGUUCCAUGUCCGCUUCAGUCCUCUAAGCACCUCCCAUCCCCCUUUGAAAGCUUGCUCCCUGGCUCUGCGGCUGCUGAGGGGCUAGAUGGAAUGACCCGGGCGAGCUGGAGACACAAGGAGAUGUGCUAGACGGGGCUGCUGGCUGGAAGGACUCUCUGAUCCUUGAUCCCCCCUCCUCUCUUACCAGGCUGAGAUAUACAAGGCAGACCUCUGAUCUGCCCCACAGAUGCAUGCCCAUAUAGGAGGGCAUAGCCGUGUAGACCAGGGGUCUUCAUCAAUCACAGCCCCAGAGAGGAGGACCACCACAGAGUUACGCAGGGACACACACCACCGACCAGACGCUUCUGUGUGUGUGUGAGUGUUUGUGGGAGAUUAAAGAAAACCCUCCUGUCAACCAGUCAGCCUUUUAAGAUCGUGAAUGAUUGCGAAACAGGGAGAGGUCUUCGCAGUGCAACGCUGUCCCAUGCUGCUCCCUCCUCUCAGGGGAUGGCCAAGGUCCAGGAUGGACACAGUAAUGCAUGUGACAGCCCUGCAAUGUUAGAAGAGAGCCAGGAUGGUAUGGACAGUGGUACCCUAAGUCCUGCCUCAGCUCGACAGGUCACCAUCCAGCGCCACCCUACUCAAGGCUUCGGCUUCAUUGCAGGCAGUCAGAGGCCUGUUAUUGUACGCUCCGUCUCUGCCGACGGCCCCUCCUUUGGCAAGCUUCUCCCAGGAGACCAGAUAUUGGCCAUUAACGAAGAGACGGUGAGCGACGCGCCCAGAGAGAGAGUCAUAGACCUUGUAAGACGCUGCAAAGAGACUAUAGUUCUCACUGUGCUGCAGCCCCAUCAGUCACCUAAGUCUGCCUUCAUAAGUGCAGCCAAAAAGGCCCGCCUGCGAACCAACCCGCCUAAAGUGCGCUUUUCCGAGCAAGUGUCCAUCAGCGACCCAGACUCAACAAUGCUCAAGGACGACUCCUUGCUACUCAUACCAAAUGUGUUGAAGGUGUUCUUGGAGAAUGGACAGAUUAAGUCCUUUACAUUUGACAGCCGUACCACUGUUAGGGAUGUGAUGUCCUCCCUGCAGGACCGCCUCUCACUGCGUUACAUUGAGCACUUUGCCUUGGUGCUGGAGGCAGGCAGUCUGGACCAGAACCAGAGGUUGCAUCUGUUGCAGGAGAAUCAGCCUUUGACACAUGUGGUGCAUAGAACCUAUUUCCAAGGGAUGAAGUGUCUAUUCCGCGUCUGCUUCUUCCCCAAGGACCCUGCCGACCUGCUGAGAAGGGACCCUGCUGCAUUUGAGUACCUCUAUAUACAGAGUCGCAAUGACGUCAUCAAGGAGCGUUUUAGCAUGGACUGGAAAUCUGAUAUCACGUUACGACUGGCUGCGCUCCAUAUCUACAUCACUGUGUCCUCUGCACGGCCUAAUCAGAAGAUCUCUCUCAAACAUGUAGAAAAAGAGUGGGGAUUAGAGCCUUUCCUUCCCCUAACUCUGCUUCCAACUGUCAAGGAGAAGAAUGUGUGUAAGACCUUGUCUCAGCUGCUGAAGACCUACCAGCAUCCACCACCUUCUGGCAACAAGGUCCCUCCACUCCAAGGAAAGCUUCAAUACAUGCGUGUACUAAACGACCUUCCACCUUUUGGUGGAAUACUGUUCCAAACUGUCGGACUGGAUGACAAACAAUCAUCUACAACAUUAUUGGUGGGUCCUCGUCAUGGCAUAAGUCAUGUUAUUGACCUGAAAAACAACCUCACAACUGUUCUGACUGAGUUCAGUAGGGUUGCCAAGAUCCAGCUCUACAGAGAAAGCCAAGGAGUGGCUCGUGUGGAGGUUACAAUCCAUGAGGCCAAGUCUCCUAAUUCCCCUCCCUACAACCCAUUGCAGCCCCUGGUCCUUCUCAUGGAAUGGCCUGAAGCCAGUAACUUCGCAUGCCUGAUCUCUGGCUACUAUAAGCUGUUUGUAGACCCGAAACGGACCAUCUACUUUCGGACUCCUGGUCAGUCUCAGCUGACCAAGGCAGAUUACAGAGGCUCCCACCAUGCCCACCCACGGUCUGGGGCAACCAGCUUGUCAAGUGGAGGGCGGCGAAUGGACGAGAGGGAAAGUUCACACAGGGAGUCAGGUUCUGCAAGGGCCCUAGUUCCGGCAGAGCCUCAACAUCUAGGCCUGUGCCAUGUACAUCUACGUGAACAACAACAAUUUCAAACGCUCCAAACACAAGCCGAAGCUGAACUUGAUAUCAAUGAGAACUUUAUUUCCCAUGAGCCGCCUGGCCGGGCCCGGACCAAGUCAGACCCCACCCAGCAGAGUUCAGAGGAAAUAGCUGGGGUUUUAGAGAGCCCACCAGUGGAUAAUGCAGGAUUUAGAAUUAGAGCCCAAACAACGAGUCAAUCCCAGAAAAACUUGAGAUACUUCUGUGACUCCUGCAAAGCGAGGCAUAGGGCAGAGGGGCUGUCAACAACGAUGAACAGUAGUGGGAGUUCAGGAAAACACUGCUCCAGUUCUUGUGCCUCCCGAGAUGGAGGUGCUGUUGACCUUAUGGCCCUACCUCCCCCGGGAAACGAAGAGGAGGAGGUUGAGGUUGAAGGAGAAAAGCUACAACCACCACCACCUGCUAUUGCUGCGCCACCACCGGGCUUCAGGGACAACAGUUCAGAUGAGGAUGACACUAAGAGAAGGAGGAGGGCUCGAAUCAGUGCCAGUACAGGGGUCAACUCUGGGAAGCCGGCGCAAGCCAAGGAAGAUGUGCCUGUGACACUGAUUGAUAAUGUGGCCACUAGGACAGUCCGUGAUCAUGCCCAGGAGCUUGAUGAUGCUCUGGUGUCCACCUUACAGGCACUAGAGGCUUUGGCAGCCUCUGAGGACUACCCCCAUCAUCCUCAACAGCCAACACAGGCUGCAGGGCUGAUUGUCUUAGCUGCCAUUACACCAGAGUCAUCAUUGGACUCAGGCCAUGAGACAAACUCCUCUGAGUUGACAGAUGUUUCGGAAAUGGUAUCGGCCAUGAAGCAGAACCAGAACCAGGCCUACUUGCUGGCUCACCAUAUCAACAAGGAACGUAUCCUCUGUCGCCGCGACUUUCCCCUGGCUAUCCCUGGCUGCACUGCAAAGACAAUAGGAACUGGGGCCUUUUCUGUGGGUCAGAUUCGUGCUGGCUGUCCACCCAAGCAAGUAAUCCUCAGCAAGACUGUUCCCUUUAAAGUAAGUCCCAGUCAAGAAUCUUCAGUGCUUAAUGUUGUGACAGAACAGGGGGGGAAUCAAGACACUACUCAGCCUAAACAGAAAGCAGAAAUGAAAGCAAACUCUGAGUCCACCAAAGCAAACACCCCUGAUCCCCCCCCUAUGUCACCUGAAGAACUUAAAGUGUCGAAUGCUUCCGCUCAAGUCAAUAAAGAUCAGAAGCUAUCAAAUUCUUUCGUGGAGAAACAGCCCCAAAAUCUGUCUGAGAGUAAAACGGGGAAGACAACAGCACCUCUUAAAACAGACCCUAGCAACAAAGCCUUACCUAUCCUCCUGCCUGUGGACAGAACUGCCUCUGCCAAGAUUUCUCCCGCUAAAAUGUGCCAAGAUGCCAAGACUGCCUCUAGUGAGACCAUGAAGCCUUCAAGCUCUACUGAACUUCUGCCAGUUGAUGACCUUUUCUGCACAUGCCCAGUGCAACAGGAGCCUGGGCCUAAACUGAGAAUUAAAGACCCUCAGGUUCAGAAGGUAGUGGUGUUUCAAUCCUCCUCCCCCACAGAUGAUGAGCGUCUUCGGGCCAAAGGUCUCCAGAUGGCUAACAGUAAAGAAAAUUCAGUGAGAGUUGGAGCAGAUCCUAGUUCGGCAAAACACAGCCCUCAAUUACAAACCAAGUACUCCCCUCGUUUGCCUGUAAAAGCAGAGAAAAAGGAAGCAGCUGAAAGCAAGACAGAGGGCACCCAGGGAAAAUCCAAUCCUGAGGCUCAGAAAUGUCCCAUAAAAUCUUUACCAAUUUUAGAUGAUCCAAUGGCACCUAGCCCCUCGGUGGAAAAGGUCUCCACACUUCCAGCCAGAGAUUCAAAGAAGCAGGUGGGCAGUGGUAAAGGGAAGUCCCCACGCAGUGCCCCUUUCUUGAGCUUUAGAAACCUUCUUUCAGCUACGUUCCCAGCAAGAAUGCGAAGAGAAACAGAUGAGCGAAGGGCUCAAUUGCAGAAAGUCCGUCAGUAUGAGCUAGAGUUCUUAGAGGAGCUGUUAAAACCCAAGUCUUCCCAGGGUGAAUUUUUGCCCCAGGGAUCCUCACCAGUGCCCUCAGGCACUCCUUGUGCCUGCCAGCUCCGCACAAGCCCUAUCCUCAAGGCACCAGGUAUCUCUAGGGAGCAACGACGCAGCUGUGACUGUAAGAGGAUGUGCAGAGGAAUGAGACUACCUGACACACCUGUUGGCUCUACAACAGAGACACAACACAGAGGGAGAGAGAGAAUUAUCUCAAAAACCCCUCCAGCAGUCUCCAAAGCCCCUCACACUCAAGGUGCUACAAGGCGACCUCAGACCUUAGAGAUCAAAACUACACGAAUACGCUCUACUAGCCUUGAGUCAAGAGAGCCAAGGGGAGAGCAGGGUUCCUGCUUGCCUACUUGUACUUCUCAGACAGAUUGCAUGGGAGGUCCACAAUAUAAGAAGCUCCAGAGGCGAUAUAGCAUUGGAGAGCUAGAAAACAGCACUAGCACACCUGUGUAUGCUGAGGUAAAGCCAAAGGCUAAGAGUCUAGAGAAGGAGAUGGAGAGAGUAAGGGCCACGGGACUGAGGCUCCCCACACCAAUAGAGCCGAUCCACACUCAGUCUCACCAGGACAAGGGGAAAAAGGGUGUAUUUUUCAUUCAGGGAGAAGAUCUAGUGCGUGAAAGUAAAGAUGAGCCUGGAGAGGUGCUGCUGACCUUGCCCAGUGAAGACAGUGAUGACAAAGAUAAAUGCUGCUCAUUCUGUUUCUGCUACAGGAAGUGUGAAGCAGCAGAUGAAAGCAGUGAGAAGGAUGAGCUCUCUUACUCAAUACCACUUCAAGUCCUUCCAGGCAUGGAGCUGGACUCACGUACCUUCCCUGUAGUAAGCAAAACCCUCCAGGUUCUAAAUGCAGAGGACUGUAGUGGGGAAGAGGAAGAGGAGGAGGAGGAAGAUGAGGAGCCACAGACACAGGAGAUUGACCUCAGAGCCUGUAGUACACUGGAGGGGAGCCUGGCAAGGGUACAAGCUCUGCAGGGGAAAAGUUUCAGCUUGCCUGAUGGCUUCCUUAAUGCCCAGUUGGAUGCUAAUGAGUUGCUUGCCAUCCUGCGUCAGUGUGCCAGCAGCCCACAAGCCGAAGGUGAAGCUCGUCUUCCUCCCUCACAGAUUACAGAAUACAAGCAGGAGCUGGCGGUGCGCUUCAAAGAAUUCAGAGCAUCUUGUCGGCGAGUGGCAAGUGUUGAAAAAAGUCCAACACGUAUGCUUGCUGUUGUAUCAGCCAGCUUUCAAGUAUUGUGUGAACUGACUCAGACCUUCAUCAAAUUAGUCAGGGGGGUUCGUUCUGAAACCCAAAGGCUGCAGCUGUUAAGAAAAGUUGAGGAAGUAGCUAUCAACUACACUUUGCUUCUACGUGCAGCAGAGGAAUCAAUGGGACACUCAAGCAGCUUGCCCACAAAGACUGUGAGCCCUCAAGUUCCCUCAAACACCAAUAACAUGAGCUCUCUCACUCGACCCAUCAAAACUCUGCCUGCCCUGUAAGAACAAAGCUGACAAGGAGGUAUCCCAAUGGUCCAGAUUGUGACUGGCUACUCUAUCCAAAAUUAUGAUUUGUUUGUUUACAUUUUUAUAAGUCAUGCAAUGAAUCAUCCUCAGUGAAAAUGGAAAUGAACCUGUUCCAUCCCAUGUUUACAGUCCCUGAGGUAGCCUUGUGGAUCUUGUUUUGAAAUCUAAAGAUACACUAAACUAAUGCACAAUGGAAUAAGAACCCUAUAACAGACUGGGUGAUACAGGGCUAAUCACCUCAUCAAUACUUACAAUAUACAAAAUUCAUUAUGGUAUAAUAUUUUAUAUGUAAUGUACAUUUGAGUUGUGUCUAUUAGCAAAUAAUAUAAAGUUUUGUGAAGACAAAAGUGAAGAAUAUAUUUGAAAUGUAUUGUUUUAAGAGAACUAUAAAAAUCACAAUAAAUCAUCAGAAAUAAAUGUAUGCUCUGGACAAAAAUAUUUCAGAGAACUCAUAACGUAGCGACUUCUGUUAAUUGCAUAGUCCAAAGCCUUGGUUUGGCUAGAUGGUGAUGUAUUUGUUUGUUAAAUUUUCUAACUGUUGUAAUGCAAAAUGGAGAUCUCUGUUGGCUUUGUUGAAAGCGUUUGGCGUUCUGCUGUGAAAGUAAAAAAUCUAAGUGCCAGUGUUGGAAAAUGGAAACAGCUGAAAGACAAAGUAUGACAUUGUAAUUAUAAUGACCUACAGAGGCCCAAUCUCUCACUAUAACAGUGCAGGUAUGAACACACCUGCUCAGGGCAGAUAAUGUAGCAGAGACCCAAGUCAUGGUCUAAUCACUAUACAGUGAUGAGUGUCACUCAGAGAAGGGAUAUCCAUAAUGUAUUUAAUAACGCACAGUGUAUUCUACACCAUCACUGACCCAUGUCAUACUUGCAUUUCACUGACGUAGUUGGAAAUAUAGCUGUCCCUGAGUAAGCUUAGAACACGAAUUUUGCACAAGCUCUGAAAUUAGCUCUGCAAGUUGAAAUGUAUCUUUUAUUGUUCAAUUAAGUGUUUUUUAUUCACACUGCUGCUGAAUAACUGACUUGAGUCCACAACACCAGUUACACAUAAUUAAUCUCCUCAAAGCUAAAGCUUACCCGUUUCAAAGGAUCCUUUGUUUUAUUCAGGUUUUCAGAUACAGUAUAAACAAAAUUGCUUUCUAUGUGCUGUUAUACAUUGUGCAAUCUAGCAAAUAUAUAAGAAACACAAAAAGUAGUUUUCUAUGUAUUUUAAUAAAACUAACAUCUGUUUCCUGUCUGAAUUUUUCUUUGUGUCUCAUCCUCUUGUUGUUCUUGGAAGUAAAUCACCAAGGCUUUAUAGUUGUGCUGGCCUAACAUGUGUACUGGACAUACUGUUAGAAGAUAUUGCUAUGAAACAAGAUUGUUAGUAACAACCCGGCUGCCACAAUACUAAAGACAAGUGUUGUAUGAUAGUGUGUAAAUCAAAAAGCAGGCUUUCCAGCAGAAUUUGUUUGUUUCAAAAUACAUUUGAGAUAUUUAACAAUCUCUUUUAACAGUUUGUCCUCUGCUGUUGAUGUGGCAUUUUCCAUAACCAUGUGCAGUGUUUUUCUCUGUCACUGUACUGCAUGUUGUUCCCUAUCGUAUUAGACCUUCAGGGGCAGAUUCUUAAACAAUUGUAGGGUAUGAGACUGUUUAUAAAGAUUAUUUUACAAUUCUAAAGUGGAAAACAGGCUAAAUUGAAAUGCUGUGGUGGCAAUAUGAGUGUUUUGCAAAUAAUAUUCUGUACAAAAAUGUAUUAUUCUACACUGCAAAUGUAAAUAGCAAGAUAAAAUACUUGAGAAAACACAGAACACUUUUAAAACCUUACUUGUUUCAAUUUAUCCAAACUCUUCACUAUUUUGUAUAAAGGAAAAGAUUAACAUGUCUGUAAGGUAAUUAUUUAUAGUAGUAAUGUAACAUAGCAAUUAAUAGCAAACCCUAUAUUUUAAUGAGUAUAUUACAAGCAUAACGCAUGGGACAUGUUUAUUUUUAUAAACAAAAAUAUCAGACAAUAUUAUCUCAUCAGCACUCGAACAUUUGACAUUAUGGUGAACAUUUGUUGUGGCGGUCAUGUUCAGUUGCUUUGCUAAACUGUUGUUUUGUCUGUGUUUCAUUCACACGGUGAGCUCGCAAUGGCUUAAUCCAUUGUUUCUUUAUGUGCACUUAUUCAUUUCUGUCUUUAUUUACUGUCAAUGAUCUUUGUCUUCACUGUGGUCUUCCGUCU